AUGACGACGGCGAACAAGCUCCGUGUCGUCGCAUGUAUCGUCGCCGUUUUGGCAUGCCUCGUACCAUUCUCUCACGGCCAAGGCACGGCGGCAACAGGACUGCUGCCCAAGAAGAAACCCAAUCUCACCAAGCGAGCGGCUCGAUACUAUCACAGAGAACACAACAAACUCGUCAAGCCAACACCCGCCCCAAUUGAGGAAGUCGCUCCCAGUAUCACACCCAUUGUAGACGAAGCAGCACACGAAGAUCACCUCCAAAAAGCAGACUUGAGUACCGAGCACCCCUACGAUGACACGGUCCACGAAUACGAUUGGUUCACCAGCAAUAAGAGCAGCAAGCACGAUACGUGGUCGUCUCGGUCGACCAAAGGACACAAAAUGGGCAGUGCUCAUCAUCAUUCGUACUCUUCGGGACACCACAACCAUCACAAUGGCACGCAUCAUUCGUCCAAAGACUCUAGCAAAGGCUCGUCGUACCACCACCAUCAUCAUCAUUACGGCCACAACAACACGACAAUGCAUCCGAAAAAUUCUUCCAGUCACAAGAAGUCUGCCGGAAAAGGGUUUAGUGGCAAAUAUUGGAUGUCGGCACGAUCCAAAGGACACGACCAUGACUCUUACAAAACUACCAAGGGACCAUCAUCCUCGUACAGCAGCAGCAAAGGUGGCCACAUGAUGAGUGGCAAAGGUGGCUACUCCUCCUACAAGAGCAGCAACUGCAACCACCAGGGUAAACAAGGAAAGCAAAAAAGCAAAGGAGGCAAGGGCAAAGGAGGCAAAGGCGGGAAAAGUAUGUCCAAGGGAGGACAAAUGGACAGCCACAAACAAAAGUCCAAGGGAAAAGGCAAGGGAGGCAAAGGCAUGCACAAGAGUGGUCAAAUGGACGACGACUCGGGACUCUGCAAGGAUCAAGACAGCCAACAAGGAAAAGGAAGCAAGGGCAUGGGAAUGGCGGGCUCCCAAGUGAUUCACCAAGUGAAAGCCCUAGUUUCCCUCCUAGCCAGAGCCCAAGUGAUGUUCCAAGUGUCACUCCAAGUCAAAGCCCAAGUCAAUCUCCAAGUGAAUUGCCCAGCUCUUCACCCAGUGCAUCCCCAAGUGAAACACCCAGCCAUGCACCCAGUACCUCUCCAAGUUCUUUGCCCAGUGAGAGACCGAGCUCUUCACCUAGUGCCUCACCCAGUGCAAGCCCAAGUUUGA